UCACCCGGAAGCGCGCCCACACCUCCCGGAACCGGAACCGACACCGGGGCUGUCCGUGAGGGCACCGCCUCGCCGGUACCGGGCCCUCGCAGCCGGCUGGGCCCGGCUCAGUGCGGAGCUCCCCAGUCCCGCUGCCACCCGCCGGCCUGGCCGUCACGGGUGGUUUGCCCACACUCCUGCGAGGAGGCAGUUGGCUUCGGGGACUGCUCAAUAAGCUCCCCGUCAUUUUCCCUUAGUUCCUGCGCUGCCAGCCCCAUCGCCAUGGCCUCAGGCUCCGGAGCUGCACCCAAGGGUGCUGCAGGAGCCAAGAGCACGACGCUGAAGAGGUGCCUUGACGUGCUGCGAGACGCCAGCAGCGACAGCGAGCAGUUUGCUGCUUUGCUUUUGGUGACCAAAGCAGUCCGAGCUGGAGAAUUGGACUCAAAGACCCGUCGGCAGAUCUUUGACGCAAUUGGAUUCACGUUUCCAAAUCGCCUGCUGACCUCCAGGGAGCCCCCGUCAGGCUGCCCCGAGAACACCUUCAGGGCACUUGGCCUUACUCUGUUGGCAUGUUUCUGCACUGAUCCGGAGUUAGCUGGGCAUUCCCAGAUCCUGAACAAAAUCCCAACCUUCAAUGACAUCCUGGUUUCUCCCUGUAAUCCAGACAGCACUUCUAUGAUCGAUGAUGCAUACCAGUGCCUGACUGCCAUCAUGGCCACUCCCAGGGGUCCCAGAGAGCUGGUGACCAAAGGAACGGUGGCUGCCCUCUGCCACGCCUAUGUGAAUGGCAAUUAUGGCUCUGACCGUGCCUUGACGCUGCUCUUGGGGCUGCUGGCUGUAGCAGAGGUGAAGUGCUGGCAGCGAGAUGCUCCACACCUCCUGGCCGUGCUGAGCAAGCUCUCUGAAGAGUUUCUCAAGGCUGAAGACAUGACUAAAUUUGAGCUGUGCGAGCUUUUGCCUCACUUUAUCCCCCUCUCAUCACCGCUCACACGGGACUCAAAGGGCUCUGAGUGCCUCCAUAGAAUUUACAAAGGGCUGGCCAAAAUUUUGGGCAGUAAACUCAGCCAUUCACAGCGGGACCCUUCUCUGAAGCUUGCUGCCUGCCUCAUGCAGGCCUGUGGGUCAGAGUGGAUCCCAGCAGGGAGUACUGGUAGCAAGUUCCUGGCCUUGCUGGUGAACUUGGCUUGUGUGGAGGUCCGCCUGACCCUAGAGGAGCCAGAUCCCAUGGAGACGGAGGGGAAGAAAGAAGUUGUAACAGCCUGCUAUGUCCUCAUGGAGAUGGGCAUCCAGGAGUGUCUGAAAGAAGAGGAAUCGCUGCUGGAAGAAGCACAGAAAAUGCAGCUCAUCAGGAUCAUGGAGGAAGCAUUUGGAGCUAUAAUAUUUUACUUGAGGCAGGUUAAAGAGGAGGAGCUGCAAGACCCUUUCAUAUUUGCUUCUGUUCGAAUCCUUGGAGCCUGGAUGGCAGAAGAGACGUCUGCCCUCAAGCAGGAAAUCUGUGAGCUGCUGCCUUUCCUCGUUUGUUACGCCAAGAAGCUUUUCAAAGAGAGCGGCACAGCUGAGGGUCUUCCCCAGACGGUUGGGGUGCAGGCUGGGCUGGCCAGCACUGAAGGCUCUGUCUUACCCCAGGAUGCUCUGAGAUUUCUGCUGCCUGGCUUUUGCCAUUUAACAGCCGAGGACAGGCCCAGAGAUAUCCUCAUCUCAGAAGGGGCACCGGCGCUGCUGUGUGACUACUUCCUGCAUCAGUGGAAGGUGCUGACCUCCGAGCCUGAGUCCCUAACUUCCCUGACAAGCACUGAAAUGAGUCUACAGACUGCGUGUGGGAUUUUCCUUAACCUGGUCGUGACUGCUCCAGACCUCAUCAGGCAAGAGAAAACCUUUUGCUCCUUGAUGGACACGUUGCUGAAGUCUCUUCCGUUUCUGCUGCCUCAGAAGGAUCACCUGGUUCUAGCAGCCAACGUUGCCACUCUGGGCUUGAUGAUGGCCAGGGUCCUCGCAAGUUCAGCAGUUCUUCAGGGAACCCAGUCUGCCAAGGAGUUUUUCGGAGCCACCAUUCGCUUCCUGUCAGAGGCCCACAUAGCCCAAGCAGACCCCAGCAGCCACCACUUGGCCUUGGCCGUGUCCCCUGCCUACACAAGUGCCUGGGGUGACAUCCGUGAGCUCUGGUUCCUGGGGAUGCAGGCCUUGGCCGGCUGCGUGCCGCUCUUCCCCUGGCUGCCACAAGCUGUCCUCCAGGCGCGGUGGCUGGAAGGUCUCUCGGAGGUACUGACGCGCGUUGCUCCGGCCUCGGUGGAUUUUGAACUCGUUGCUGCUUUCCAGGGUGUGCUCGUUGAGCUGGUCAGAGCCAGCAAGCCGUGCAGGGAAGUGAUCCUGUCCCACCACGGGGAGGAGUGGGCCAACCUGUACGGUAUGGCAGCUUUGGAACAGUGUCUGUCUGAGCAGCAGAGCUCAACAGGAUUUGUUCUAUCCAGAACCCGACGUGAAGAACUGUUGCUGCCUCAGAACAUUUCAAGAUGUCCCUGCUUGACCUUCUGUCAGUACUUUGUUUUAAAAACAGCCCAUUGUAUUAUUAAAGAGGUUUUCUAUUGCAUCAUUUUUCAAACUCACGCGGUGCUGGGAUUUAUUUCUGCUCGGGGCCCUGGGAGAGAUCCCUUCAGAAUGUCACCUUUCCUUCUGUCAAAGGCCUGUGUGUUGGUAAAGUAGCUUGGCACUCCAAGUCUGCAGAAGGCAGGAACAUGAAGAGCUUUAAAAUUUACUGAUGAGCAUAAUUCCAUAAUUUGGCACAGCUGUCCCCUUCUGUUCUGGGGGUGUCCAAAGGCCCUUUAUGUGUUCAUAUCCAUGACUAGUGCCAUCACCUCACACUCACGCCUAGGAAGAAAGCCCUUGGAGCACCACUUGCUGCCCUGUAAAACACCUGCACAAAGCCCAACCCUGAUUUGUGGUGGUUGCUCACGCUCCCUCUUGCAGCAGGGAUGGGAUGUGCAGGGAGAGUUUUCUGGUCUUGUAGGGAAACCUGCAAAGACCUUGGCUCGCUGUAGAGCCUCAGACAAGGAUUAAGAAACAGAAACUGAUGAAUUGUACCCCACUGUCUCCUUGCAGACUCUGCAGAAGAGGAAGGCCAGAUGUAAAAACAUAUGUAUGGUGUACAUCACUUGCACCACUGGCUUUGCAACCUGGGCUGUCAGCCCUAGGGUGCCCUGUGAGCCUGAAAGCAUAAAUAAAUAAACAAACAAACAAACAAACAAACAAACAAAAAAAUAGCAGCCUGGAUGGAGAGGUGGUUCGAGCUGGGCUGAUUCAGCCAAGCCCAGAGCUCCCUGCUCGGGCUGCAGCCGGGCACGGCGAGGCAUUUCCACCAGGUGUCACCCUAAGAGCUCUUUGGGAGAGGCAUCGUCAGCGGGGACCGGGUCUGGCAGGCAGGACAGACACACGGCCCUGACCCCGACUGCCUGCAAAGCCGUGGGGAGGGGGGACCCGUGGAAUUGCCUGACUGAGAGAAAAAAACAAGCGAGGAGCUGUCUCAAAAAGAGGGCUGCCACUGGGAGUAUUCCUGCUAAAUACCAUAUUUUUAACUCACCAUUUCAUGCAAGCAAAUGCCUUACAUAACCAGAGAGGAGGCGUCUGCUGUUGCUCGGAAAAAGUAUGUUUCUGAUCUUUCCAGCUCAGCCCUGAAAAGUUAAUGCAAGUUGAAACAAGGGUAGGUGCUACCAGCAGAAAGCAAUGCAAGCCAAACAAGCAAAUGAGGCUCCUGGACUUGGAAAAGAGCAUAACUGAGCACGCGUGGGCUGGAAGCCUCGUGCUGCCAAGAACAGCUCAUCCCUGCAACGCAGCGAACUUCAAUGCGUUGGAACAGUCAGAAAUACACUUCAGAUCGUAAGAAGAAGAAAUAAAAACAUUCAAACAC